AUGUCCUACUACACCGGCAUCACAGAACCCGCCCGUCCAGCCUCCGCUCCCCUCCCCCUCACCGACCCCGUCAAACUCUGGACAACCCCCACCGACCGCGACCUCCACCACGACCUCGCAGAACUAUACUCCCUCCUCCUCUCCCUCGAAUUCCUCGAGAAAGCGUACGUACGCGACCAGGUGAGUGAGGAAGAAUACGAACGGAAUUGCGUACGGCUGUUGGGGCAGUGGGGGACGUUGUUGAAGAGUGAGGCUGUGAAAGGGGCGUUUGGGGAUUUGGAGGGGUUUAUGGGGAAGUAUAGGAUAUCUGCACCAGCCGCUGCGUACCGUAUCUCCACCGGUGUCCCCGCGAGCUUUGAACACGCCCCCGCUCCUCCCGUGCCCGAAGUAUCCACAUCCACCCCUCAGACUUUCGCGGUACAGAACUUCAUCACUUUCCUCGACGCCCUAAAACUCUCCUACCGCGCAAAAGACCAACUCCACCCUCUGUUGUCCGACCUCAUCCAAUCCGUUGAUGCCGGAGGAGCAAGGCCAUUUGAAGGUCGAGGCAAGAUCCUGUAUUGGCUAAUCGAGUUAAAUAAGAUGAAAGCGAGUGAUGAGUGUUCGGAGGAACAGGUUAGGCAGAUGAUGUUUGAUAUUGAGGGUGUGUAUGGGGAGUUUUUUAGGAGGUUGUCCGGGUGA